UGUUAUUUCAGAAGGAUAUGUGUCAUGCAUAUGCAUUAUUUAUAAUGUCUGUUGCAGUUCCUUACUUAGUUCGAAGAAGGGUCAUAUGAUUCAACCAAAAUGGAGCAUCAAACACCUAUCAGGAUUACGGCUAUUGCAUUACUUCUUGUUAUAUUCCAGUCGGAGAGUUUCUUUGCUAUUGAAACCGAUUACUGCUCCUGCUAUUCAUUCCACAAAAUACCAAAGAAUUGGGAAGAUAGCAACAAGAUUUGCCAAGAUAAUAACGGAACCGUGAUAUCCAUGGAAACAGAAGAGGAGUAUCAGUUCAUCAACAAGACGAUACAAAGUCUAGAUGUAAGAAAAAACGAGUGGUUUAUUGGUUUGAAGGGAACAUCAAGAACUGACGACUGGAAGUGGAUAAGUGGACAUGACAUGACCAUUGAUAAAUGGCUGCCAGGCGAACCACGUGGAUCAGAAGGUUGUGUUAAAAUGAUAAAACACUAUAAAGGAUGGGGAUUAUUUGAUGACAUUGACUGUAGAACGCUAAACAUGUUUAUAUGUGAAUACAAUGAAGUUCAGUCAUGUUCGUCUAUCAACAAUAAAUGGUGUUUUUUGCCGCCAAACCUUCCAACCACAAAAGAAAGAACUACAACACCUAGUACAACAAGCGAUAAAAAAUCAACAGCUGUAAUUUAUUCUUCAACUGAAAAGGGGCAACAGACGAAAGCUUUCAUCCAGACCACAAAACCAGAAGGUACACGCGUGAUUGAACGUUUAAACCGCUACGUAUAUCAUGGGGUCAGUUUAACUUGA